CGCUCUGUGGCCAAUGACCCUGGGCUCAGUGUUUGAACAGUCAGACAGUUUGUCAGGUUUCAUCAAGAAGAAGAAGAAGAAGGAGUGAGACACACCAGGUGAGGAGACAUCGCCAUGACGACUGAAUACCACGACGAGACUGAAGACGACAGCAACUCAUUCUGGAACAAAGAGCCUCGACCUGUCUACUUCUCAGGUGUGUCCAGGUACAGACGUUGGCUGUUUCCUGCUCUGACGGCAACAAUUAUCCUGGUUCUGAUCAUAGCACUGGGAGCUAGCAACACCAGGACGUCAAACCGACUGUGGUACGUGGAGAAAAGUGUUUCCAACCUGACCGAGAGCCUGAGCUCCGCCCAGCAGCUUGCUAAAGACGCAGCUAAAGACGUGCAGCGGCUGAAGUUUGCAGUGGAGAGCAACAAGGACCAGCUGACCUCAGUGUCAGAAGCUCUGAAGCAGCUCUCAGCUCUGGACUCCAUCAGCAGGACGGUCGCUAAGCUCAAAUGUUCCCUCGAACGCCUCGUCAACAACGCUUCAGUGGUGGACGGCUGCUGUCCUCUGGGUUGGGAACUCUCUGGCACCACCUGUUAUCUGUUCAGCAGGACACCUUUGGCCUGGCCGGACGCUAGAGACUGGUGCAACGGACACGAAUCUCACCUGGUCAUUCUCAACACUGAUGAGGAGUGGGACUUUGUGACCCAUCACGGCUCGGGCACCUUCUACUGGGUGGGUCUGACCGAUGGCAGGACGGGGAAGUGGGAGUGGGUCAACCAGACGCCGUACGUCAUGAACCGGAGGCGGUGGAAACCUGGUCAGCCUGACAGCUGGACGGGUCACGGUCUCGGCCAGGGAGACGAGGACUGCGCUCACCUUCACAGCGACGGACGCCUCAACGACCUGCACUGCUCCCCAGGCUGCGCUACAUCUGCCAGAGACGCAGCCAGCACACCUGAACACACCUGCAGCUCCACGUCCGCCGCAGGACUGUGGUCCUGGACCUGUCGUCUCUGGUCUCAGAUCAGCAUCAGCGUCAGCGCAGGAGUCUGUGAUCACAUCAAUAAUGUUGCACCUCAAAGUAUCUGAUGUGUGUGUGUGUGUGUGUCUAUGUGUGUCUGUGUGUGUGUGUGUUUGUCAUAUCUGAUUCCUUUGAGCUCGUGUCCAAAAACUAUUAAAACACAUCAGUGA